AUGGCUCGCGACAUUCGCUCCAAGGCUUUGGAGAAGAUCGCUGCGCUCUCAGCCUCGAAAUCAACAGCCCUCUUCGAGAAGUCUGACCUCGAUCGUCUAUGCAGAGCUUGUGCUAGCCAUGCGCACGUCAAAAGCAAGAGUAUCUCCAAUGGCUCUGCCUCCGUCAAGUCACAGUCCCUGGGGCGGGUGCCCAUGACCAUCCGUGAAUACGAGGUCCUGCUGGCUCUCUGCAAGGCUGCUCCGUUGGUUCAGAAUGGCCAGAAUGCCCAGAGGCUUACCCGCCAGCUGACUCCUUACUUACUCGAUGCCCACGCACAGGAGUUCGCAUCCUCGCCCUUUUUUCGCAAAAUCGAGCCGUCGCCCACUGAGGCCCUUACGUUCCAUGUCACGUCUGCGCUACUCUGCCUGGGGAACCAUGAUGAAGAUGUUUACGAGACUGUCGCGGCUACAAUCUCGGCGUUCUUGAGCUCCUGUGCCCACGCGACCGAAGAUGCCGCACAGGGUAGGAUGGAAGAGGACGACGAAGGAGAUAUUGAGGAGGCGAUCCACGUUGCGACCAUUUCCGUGUCCCUGUUGGGAUUCCUCGAGGCUGCAGCCGCCCAAGCCGACUUCUGGAGAGCAGGCAGCCGCCUGUCUCUUGUCCAACGACUCCAGAGACUGCUAGGUGAGAAUACUCUGGUAACCGUGGAACAGGCCUUUUCGACCAUUCGGAACUCGCACUCCCAGGAUCGUGCCGUGAAAGACUGGAAGAGACAUGUGCGUCGCUACGCCGACAACGGCCGCCCUCUAGGAUCAAUAUCACUUCAACAGGGGUUCAUGACGUUUGUGGCAUCUUCGACCUCGUUGCUGGUCGCUGAAACAAGCGCCCUGAAAAAGAGCCAUGUUCUCGACCUGUUGAUUUCCGGCGAAGGCCUCCUCAGGCCUGUGACUGCUAGGAGCGGAGAUGGAGACACUGGCUCCGUGACCACCUACGCGAGGAUCGUUGGAGAACAGUUGAGCUACCUGGAUGCCGAUGCGGACUUCAUCCAGAUGGGUUCGAGGUCGCAACAGAAGAUUGCUUGCGCGAUCAAAUCUGCAGGCAUCAUCAGUUAUCUCAAUUGCGCCAGGCUCAACGAAGCUGCGGCGGAGCUCGAAACCCUGAUGGGCUGGCUAGAGGACACAAUUACCGACUUUGACCAGAUGGCUGAUGAGGAUCUCGCAUCGGUUGUUCUCCGCUCCAUGGCGCUUGUCUGCAGAAUGUCUCCCACGUACAGCGCUCUGGCCAGUCGACUCAUGUCCCGAUUCAUCGUGAAAGGAGGUGCACAGAGCCACAUCAUCGUGACGGCUUCUCAGUGUUUGGCCUUUGUCCUUGGUAUGCUAUCGACCGAUGCUGUCAUCACCACUCUCUACACGCUGGGCAAUGUGCUCAGCUCGACUACCGAGCAGAAUGGUGCUGCCAAACAUGAUUUUGGCAUCGAGAGCGACUCAGAGAUAUACCAGGGAAGACAGUCUACCGGAAGCUCUAUAUCGUUGCAGCUCAAUGGCGAGGAAGAGAAGAACAAAGUUUACAUGAAUGUCAUCGACGCGAUUUGCGGAAUAGCAACAUUCUGCAAAGAUGAGAAGAUCUCUGCUCUGGCCCAGUCCAUCUUGCUGCAGAAGUACGAUAGGAUCAACCCCUUGGUCGAUGCCAAAAUUAUCACUGGAGCAGCGGUACUGUCGUUGAGCAUCGGUCAACUCGAAUUCCGUUCCCUUCUCAGAAGCUUUGCGCGCAUGAGUCAAUUCUCCGUCACUGAGAACAGGACCCAGAUUCUUGAUGCGUUGAUUACAGCUAGAAACCACAUCUCAGCCAAUCUUCGUCCAGAUUCUCAGCUGUAUGAUAUAUACUGGGAUCAUAUGCUGGACAGCAUUGUGUCAAAAGGGGAUGUUACCCAAACCGGUCAUACGAAGGAUUCCGAUAUCGAACUUGCAGCCAAGGAGAUCGAGCAAUUGCUCCAACCUCUGGCUGUCUUCAUGUCUGCAAAUGACCUUGCAUCCAACGACUGGUCCGAUGACGACUCGCACGCCAUGCUUCGCGAUGCCUGGUUUAACAUCGUAGUCCACGGUUUCACUCCGACCACGGACCGUGGUAAGAAGUAUGCAGACGACCUGCGUGUCAUCGCCAUACAUUCACCUCCUUUGGUCGCAGAGCAACGUGGCGAACAGGUGGAGAGCGAUGUGGAGCUGAACACAGUUCUUCGCCGCGGCAUGAGCUCUGACAGAGAAUCACUGCAGAAGAAGCACCUGGCCGAGCUGGUGCCUUCCAAGGCGUCAGAAAUCAAGGGCCUUAGCUACCGCAGGGUCAUCUUUCUGAGCGCUGCAUAUCUUGUGGAGAGCUUACGAGCCGAGUCUGGUGACUGUACCAAGGUUCUUUCGUACUUCCUCGAGCCGAGUAUGCGGAGAAACGAUGUGAAUAAUGUCAUGGAGGGCAUCACGGCUGUUGUGGUGGAAAAGUAUCUGACCAAGACUUUGCGAGGCGUCAGCAACACGUUCUCCUCACAGUAUGCGGCAUCACAGCUGGCGACCAUUUUUUGCACUUGCUGCCACCGGAUAGAGCGCGUUCAACAGGCUGCUUAUGCCUGUGCUGAUCGCAUAGUCCGCGAAGUACCCUCGGCAUUGUGCCGCCGCUCUUCCCUAUUCGCGUUGCUGGAGUUGCUAUCUCUGAUGUGGGCAAGUUGUCUUGAGGCAGAAACCGACUUGUACGAUCCAAGGUCCACGUUUACUUCGAAGCGUGUCAACAUCACGGUCGAACUAUCAGACGACUAUCACUUCAGGAAGUACACCCUGAAUCGUCUGUAUAAAGCCGCAAGAAGCUGGGUCGUGUCCGCGAUGAACAUUGCCCCAGCCGAUGUGAAGGGCUUGUUGCAGACGCACUUGUCUGAGUUUGAUGAUGAGGGCGCGUAUGGCCACAUUUCCCUCGGACGGUCCUUUGCCAUGGAAAUGGGCUCCUCGAUUCCAGGCACAGACCAGAGACUGAUCUCGAUCGAUCCCGUCGGAGAAUGCAGCAUCAAUACAGCCUCGGAUUUCGUAGCGCAAUACACCACGCGACAAGAAUAUCGCUACGCAGAGGCCUUGCCGGAUCAUAGCUUAGAAUGGCUCACAUUCAUGCGCAUCGACAGGAGGGCCUCUUACCUGCCUGGCUCAGAGACCGAAAGCGCCGACGCUGUAACAGCUCUUGCUCACAUCGAAGGUCGCAUCCUUUCGAAGAAGACCACGCCAAUGGGCGAUAUCCGAGACAUCCUGCGUCGAGCCGCCGCUAUGCUCUGCCGCAGUGAGAUGGGUAACGAGUGCUCUGUGGCACAUUAUCUCGUCAGCAUCCCAUUUGCCUUGUUCACGAAGCAGUCUAUCAAGCUUGGCGUCUCGUUGUGGCUGGGAGUUAUGAACGAGAAUCCAAUCUGGGAGCCCCGAAUCCUCAACGAGAUAGCUCAGCAGUGGGAGCUCAGCAUCCAUAAGAAACAGGGGCUGUUUAAUACGGCCAUCACAUCUCCCAAUCCAUUCUUCUUGAAAGAGGAGUUUGCACCCAGUGAUCAAGAGGGUCUCACCAAGCGCAGGCAAUUGGUCCAUAACCUCCUGGCUCCCCACACCCGCCUGCUACAAUUCCUCAGCAGUCACUACAAUGCAACUCGCUUGGGUAGUCCCGAUACGCAGACGGUCUUUGUAAGACUGCUUGACAUCACAUUAGAGGAGUUGAAGAAAUCUACGCCUCACCCGAUGGCGAGAGAGCUCAGGCUGCAGAUUGUCUUGUUUGGUCUCAAGGUCUUGCGGACUUCUACAACGAUCGGUCCCGUGUCUCAAUGGCGUCUGAAGGAUAAGUUGCUGUCCGCAGCACUGAGCUGGUUUCACAACGCGCCGAAGUGGUCCUUUGGCAGCAAUAUGCUCCAAAUCAAGACGGAAAUACGCCUCAUCACAGAUGUCAUUGCCGCGAUCAAGGCCGUGGCAUACAUUGGAGCUCACUCUGUCGGCACUUUCCGCUCCCUACAGGCUCUUCAACCAUCUACCCUCGUGCAUACCGGGAGAGGCUCACUUGAGGCUGCAAUACUUCCAUUGAUUCAUACGGCUUGGAGCGAAGGACCUUCGCUCGCCAUAGAGCUUUGUGCGAGAAUUCAGUCUGUACGGAUACAUAAGGAAGUCCGGUCUUUGCUCCUGGCCCAUCCCGAACAAGCCGUCAAUGAGCCAGAGGCUCUGCCUAUCCUUAUAGGAAGCUCACUGCCUGCUGACCUUCCAUUCCAGUUGAAGUAUCUCUUGUUUUGGGCCCCGGCCAAUCCAAUUACUGCCGUUACAUACUUCUUGCCGGCAUAUCGCAAUCAUCCGUUCCUCAUUCAAUACGCGAUGAGGGCACUAGAAAGUCAUUCUGUGGAUGUGACAUUCUUUUACGUGCCUCAGAUCGUACAGACCCUCAGAUACGAUGCUCUAGGCUAUGUUGAGCGAUAUAUCAUCGAGACGGCACAGUUCUCACAACUGUUCGCUCAUCAGAUCAUCUGGAAUAUGAAGGCCAACUCGUACAAAGAUGACGACGCUCAAAUCCCUGACGAGAUCAAACCUACGUUGGACAAAGUCAUGGAACGCAUGAUCAACGCUUUCGACCCUGUGGAUCGGGAAUUCUACGAGCGGGAAUUUACAUUCUUCGACGAGGUGACUGGCAUUUCAGGCAAACUCAAGCCGCUGAUCAAGAAGUCGAAGCCUGAGAAAGCUCAGAAGAUCGAAGAGGAGCUUCGCAAUAUCAAGGUCGAAGUCGGCGUCUACUUGCCCAGUAACCCUGACGGUGUCGUCAUCGGUAUUGAUCGGAAGUCCGGCAAGCCUCUGCAGAGUCAUGCCAAGGCACCUUUCAUGGCGACGUUCCGAAUCAAGAAGGAGAAGGGAGGCGUCGAACAGACGGGCGACCUAAUCGAGGAGACGGUGGAGACUGGUGCACCCCCCAAAGACAACAGCUACGAGGUCUGGCAAUCUGCCAUCUUCAAGGUCGGCGACGACUGUCGACAAGACGUGCUGGCCCUGCAGAUGAUUGCGGCCUUCCGUGGCAUCUUUCACAGCGUUGGUCUGGACGUAUACGUCUUUCCUUACCGCGUGACAGCCACCGCUCCUGGCUGUGGUGUCAUCGACGUCCUGCCCAAUUCCGUCUCCCGAGAUAUGCUGGGACGUGAGGCAGUCAACGGUCUUUACGACUACUUCAUCUCAAAGUACGGCAACGAGGACUCGCUUCGCUUCCAACAGGCCCGCAACAACUUUGUCAAGUCCAUGGCUGCAUACUCGCUCGUCUCCUUCCUCCUGCAGUUCAAGGAUCGUCACAACGGCAACAUCAUGAUCGACGACGCUGGUCACAUCCUGCACAUCGACUUCGGCUUCUGCUUUGAUAUCGCGCCUGGCGGCAUCAAGUUCGAGCGCGCGCCGUUCAAGCUCACGUCCGAGAUGGUCGCCGUCAUGGGCGGCAACACGAACCACCAGAGCUUCAAGUGGUUCGAGGAGCUGAGCGUCAAGGCGUUCCUGGCCAGCCGCAUGCACGUCGACAAGCUCUCUCAAAUCGUCCUGCUCAUGAUGGACAGCGGGCUCCCGUGCUUCAAGCCCGAAUCCGUCGAGCACUUUCGCCAGCGCUUCGUGCUCGACAAGAGUGAGAGGGAGGCCGCGGACUUUAUGAAGGAGUUGAUCAGGAAGAGCUACUCGAGUUACUCGACGGGUAUCUAUGAUCAGUUCCAGCUGAUGACAAACGGUAUUCCCUACUAG